GUUGUCAAUGUCGUGCAGUCCGGUUCGAAAACAACAGCAACAGAUUUGCAGUGUUUAGAUAAAUUUAUAACACUUAUUCGUGUAUAACCAGUGAUUAAGUAAACCGAUAGUUUGAAUCGAACAUGGGCGCUAACAAAUAUUCCAUUUUAUUGCCUACAUAUAACGAGAGAGAAAAUUUGCCUAUCAUAAUUUGGUUAAUUGUAAAUUUCAUGCAAGAGGCCAAAAUUGACUACGAGAUUAUCGUUAUCGAUGACGGUAGCCCGGACGGGACCUUAGAAGUAGCCAAGGAGUUGCAAAACAUCUACGGCGAAGAUCGUAUCCUACUCCGGCCGAGGGCGGCUAAAUUGGGUCUCGGAACAGCCUAUAUUCACGGAAUAGAACACGCAAAUGGCAAUUUUAUUAUUAUAAUGGAUGCCGAUUUAAGCCACCAUCCUAAAUUCAUUCCUCAGUUCAUUGAACUUCAGCAGUCGGCAAACUAUGACAUCGUCUCGGGAACUCGUUACAGUGGAGACGGAGGAGUGUACGGGUGGGACUUUAAGCGAAAACUUAUCUCCCGAGGAGCGAAUUUCCUGUCCCAGUUGUUGCUGAGACCGAACGCAUCCGAUUUAACCGGUUCAUUCAGGUUGUACAAGAAGGAUGUGCUGAAGGAGCUCAUCGCUCGCUGCAAGUCGAAAGGAUACGUUUUCCAAAUGGAGAUGAUUGUGCGAGCGCGUCAGCUUAAUUACACCGUAGGCGAGGUGCCGAUUUCGUUCGUUGAUCGUGUUUACGGACAGUCCAAACUGGGAGGAUCGGAAAUAGUGCAGUUUGCCAAGAAUUUGUUGUACUUGUUCGCAACCACGUAAUAUGAGGUCUAUGUUAGUGAGUCUGGAUUUGAGUCAAUGAUUAUUCCUCAUUCCAUUGCAUAAAAACGAAAUUACGGUAAAUGAUGGCAUGUUGAAUGUUUGAUGGCAUUUUAAAGGUAAAUAAAUGAGGCAAAUAAUAAGUUGAAGUAU